GACAUUUAAUGCAUGAAGCUGCACUUGAUGUGUGAUAGCUAACAAUUAUCAUAUUUUUGUGUUUUUCCAAGUGUGUCAGAAGAAAAGGUUUGAGGCAAGUCUGAAUAAUCUGGUUGGAGGAGUACUUGGGAUUUUAGGCAUUUUUAAUUAUUUUUAACAGUAGUUUGGCCUUCCACCUGAAGACAUCAUGUGUACAGGAGCCUGUUCUAAAUUCAUUGCCAUCCCCCUCUACGUCCUGGCGGCAGUGUCGGUCAUCUGCAACAUCAUGCUCUUCUUCCCUGACUUUAAAACAGAAUAUGCAGCCAAAGACCGAGAAGGAACUGACCGAAUCACUGAGGAAGUCAAGUAUAUGGGAGGCCUGAUAGGAGGAGGAAUCAUGGUCCUCAUUCCAGCCAUCCACAUCCAUCUAACCAGUGCUAACAACUGCUGUGCCAACCGCUGUGGGAUGUUCCUGUCCAUUGGUUUUGCAGCAGCUGGCGUGGUGGGGGCUGUGUACAGUCUAAGUGUUGCUGCCCUGGGCCUUGCUAAUGGACCAUUGUGCUACUGGAGCAAUGGGAGCGUCACUCCAGAAUGGGGAGUGCCUUUUGCCAACAGUAAUGGGAGCUACCUGGCUAACAAGGACAUGUGGGAAUGGUGUAAACUUCCAGAGAAUGUGGUCGAAUUCAACGUGGGACUGUUCUCCACUCUGCUAGUGGCAGCAUGUGUGGAGCUUGUCCUCUGUCUCAUUCAGAUGGUCAAUGGAUUGUUUGGAUGUAUCUGUGGCACAGGCAGCAAGGAGUAAGCUGAAAUACAACACACCAUGACCUCUUGAAGAAGAAAUGACAGGGGUCAUUAUCACCAUCAGCACCUUUAUCCACAUCAUCAUGGUUUACUGCACCAAUGGGGGAUGGGAUAGGUGUUAAGGCUGGAGAUAUACUUGCUUUUACCCAUUGUUCAGCUGUCCACUGGUUUUCCCUUUGUGCCCCAAAUCAUCAUCAUUAUUAUAAAUUCUUCAAGAGGAAUGACUGGGAUUAUUGAUGAAUAUUACUUUCUAACUAAUUCAUUGUUCUCAGAUUACACUGAUUGUAGACUGUAGAUGGAAAGACUGAUGUAUGCUGUAGUUGUGUCUGUAAAUUUGUAUGUUUAAAAAUAUUUUGUAAUAAAGCUCUGGACAAAAGCUUACAAAGUAUACCAAAUAGAGGCUAACACACGCUAAACCUGG